GUUGGUUGGGCUAACACGGCAUGCACAUAUAGUCUGUAGCUAUACACACAGUCAUACAGGUAUAAUACAAAUAAGGUAUAAAGGGGUCUUAGGUGUUUAGUCAAUGGAUUAAUCCAAUAGUACAGGGAAAGAGAGGGAACUGUUCUUGUAUUGGUUUGGAAUAGCAAGCAAAACAUAUGAUGUUCCAUGCAUGCCUUGACUCAAACAUCACUCUGGAGUUCUAUCUUGAAUCAGCAAUCGAAUACCUGACUACACAAUGAAAUUGAUAACUGGAAUGUUAAUACAUGUAUUGAUUUACAUUUAGGUGACACUAGAAAACUAAAUGAGAGGAUCAUCAUUUGUAACUAGAAAGAUUUUAAAGUGGAUGAUGGAAUUGAAAUAAGGAAUGAAAUUAACUACGGAAUUACUUUACUAAAUAAUGGAUUUUAAACUUAACAAUGGAAUUACUAAACUAAACAAUGGAAUACUAAACUAAACGAUGGAAUGCUAAACUAAACGAUGGAAUGCUAAACUAAACGAUGGAAUACUAACUAAAUAAUGGAGAAAUACUGAGAACUACAAGGUGAUACAAAAUGGUUGAACUCUCGAAAACAGUCUACACAAUGGUAGUAUUUGUUGGUAUCAUAGAACUGAUGAUACUUUUUCAAAUGCCAAAAAGAAAGGGUGUAGUCAUUGAUACAUCAGGAAUCCAACAAUCACAAUAUGAAUUUGACAGAGCUAUAAAACUUGAUGAUUCCCCUGCAAGAGCUAAUGUUAAAACAGCCUCUGGGGAAUCAUUGAAAGAUGGCGCAUCACUCUGUGUCGCUAUAUUGACAGGAGCCCCACCUGGUGAAAGAAAAAAAUCAGCAGCAAGGUUAUUGCGUAAUUUAAUUGAAUUUGCUGAAAUACCAACGAGAAAUAUACACGUGUUUUAUGACAAUGUAGACCCUAAAGAUCUUACUUACGAUCCUAAAAGACUGGGACUUCUGCUACAUCCUGCCUCAAUGCUUAACUCUACUUCUAAUGACAUACCUGUCAUAAAUGCUCAUAAGAUAGUUCGCCCAGGCAAUGCUAAGCUGAAGAAGCAUAUGAUGAUUACGCAGAACUACCAAUUUAUGCUAGAUCGCUUAUUUAAAGAUCUUAAGUACAGAUAUUGUGCCAUAUUAGAGGAUGAUCUGAUUCUAUCUAAAGACACUGGUGAUUAUCUUGAAGCAGGGGUCAAAUUAAUGGAUAAGGACCCAAAAGUUAUGUCUGUGUCACUUUUUAACGAUAAUUCCUUCAGUUGGUGUUCAAGCAAUGAAACAUUUUUUCGCAGAGUGGGCCACUUUGGAGGGCUUGGGUUUUUAAUGUCAGGCAAGCACUAUGUCGGCAUACUCAGCUCAAAGCUGAAUAUUAAAGUACCUUGGGAUGCCACUUUUCAACGUGAGCUUGCAAAUAAUAAAAUGGUGACAAUAAUCCCGGAACUUUCCCGUUCUUUGCAUAUGGAAAAUCAAGCAAUUAACAUCCCCAGUGACUUACGUAUUCCCAGUGACGACACUGAAGCUAUAUCAAUAUAUGAUGGUCCUCGGGUCAAACACAGUCUAGAUAAUUUGGGAGAAAAAGAAUAUGAUGAGUUCAUUACACAAUUUGUUCGUUCAGCUCAUAAAAUUGACUAUCUUGAGGAUGCAGCAUUUUUCUUUCCUAGUCAGGAUAAGCAAGUGCCUAAUUUUGUGUUUACUAAUUGUAAUAAUCAAAAGGAGGCAAGUGCUGUGAUGGCUUCUCACGGAUUGGUUGGUUUGGGUAAUGGAGGCGUCGUAAGAGGUGAUUACAAGGAUACAGUUUUCUUGCGUCCAUAUGGCAAUCUCGUGCUCAUGGUGUGUAAGCCGUCCAUGUGGUAUGGAGUUGCUAAUAAUGCCCCAAGUGCAACAGAUCUCAUACAUACUUUUGUCAACAAAAUUACAUGGAAGCUUCUUGAUCAGACGAUGGGGCGUCCAAAAAUGGGCAUUCUGUACCAUUUAGAAAAUUUUGAUUACGAGAUACGCAAGGGUAAAAGUGGACAGUCAUGUUUUGACGUUUGUGCAGCUAACAAUGAAAUCUGUGAUAAAGUAGGGAUAUCGAUACUUGACACAAACUGCGGGAUCUUAAAAGUAUUAGCUCCGGAAUAUAACAGUUGUAAGGAAGCUCCCGUGUCUGUUUACAAAAGCAAAGAAUUCUUUUUGCCAGCUAUGGAUCCUGCUGGUACAUGGUUGAUAUCAAAACGAAUUCCAAAUUUUUAUUUUUAUAACUGCUAUGCAGCUAAAACAGGAUUUAGUAGAAUUUGUUCAUGCAAGUAGAGAUCACGUGAAUUUAGAGGUUUUAAAUGUCAAGUGAAUUUAGAGGUUUUAAAUGUCACGUGAAUCUAGAGGUUUUAA